UCAGGCUGUGUCUGCAGCUCCACACAUCACACUUCACGAUGCUUUGACGCUCAGCUCACUUGUGUCGCGUCACUUCAGUGAUUUUUGAUCUGGGAGAGUAAAUAACCAAUUUGCUGCGACCGCCUCAGCAUUCGAUGCACUCUGUGUUUCAUUUAUUUGUUGUUAAACUGCAGACAAGUGCCUGAACGAAUGAGUGUAUCAAUACUUAAUUUUAUAAUAUGAACUUUUUGCCAAGUGGAAUAUGUUUUUAUCUGUCCGUGGCAAUUUGCUGGUUCACAUCAAGGGUCGACGCAUCGUGGUGGUACAUGGGCACUCUUGGAUCGCAAGUGAUGUGCGACAACAUCCCGGGGUUAAUUAACAAACAACGCCAGUUGUGCCGCCAGCAUCCCAAGGUGAUGCAGGCUAUAGGAGCUGGAAUUAAAAACUGGAUUGGAGAAUGUCAGCACCAGUUCAGGAACCACCGAUGGAAUUGCAAUACCAUGGCGCGCGAGCACAAUCUUUUUGGGAGGCUUUUGCAUCGAAGCAGUCGUGAGGCCGCCUUUGUCUAUGCCAUCUCCUCAGCAGGUAUGGUCUACACCUUGACCAGGGCGUGCAGUCAGGGAGAACUAGAAAACUGCUCUUGCGACCCUGGAAAAAAGGGCUCAUCUCGUGAUGCCAAGGGAGCUUUCGACUGGGGUGGGUGCAGCGAUCAUGUUGACCAUGCAAUCAAGUUCACUCAGGUCUUCAUUGACGCCAAAGAGAGGAAGGAGAGAGAUGCACGAGCGCUCAUGAACUUACACAACAACCGUGCAGGGAGGAAGGCAGUGAAGCGCUUUAUGAACCUAGAGUGUAAGUGUCAUGGUGUCAGUGGCUCAUGCAAUGUACGUACCUGCUGGUUAGCCAUGGCAGACUUCAGGCAGACUGGUGACUAUCUCCGCAAAAAGUACAACAAUGCCAUUCAGGUGGUGAUGAACCAGUAUGGAACAGGCUUCACCAGUGCCUACAGGAUGUUUAAGAGGCCUACCAAAAAUGACCUUGUCUACUUUGAAGACUCGCCUGACUACUGUAUAUGGGACCAUGAGUCUGGAUCUGUGGGCACUGGUGGGCGAGUAUGCAACCGUACGUCCCGUGGGGCUGACAGCUGUGAGGUCAUGUGUUGUGGGCGGGGCUAUGACACAUCACGCGUGAGCCGCACCACCAAGUGUGAGUGCAAAUUCCACUGGUGUUGUGCUGUUCACUGCAGGGACUGUGAAGAGGAGGUAGAUGUGCAUACCUGCAAAACCCAGUCAUGACCCCACCACCCCUGCACUUCAGGAUCCCACCUCAAACCUUUGACCUUGUACAGUGCUUUUCUCUGGCAAGUUAGAUAAAAGUAGACCAGACAUUGCAGCAUGGCUUACACAAAUGAACAGAAACUUAAAGGUACACUAUGUAACUUUUGCAUUUUGUGGAAGAACAUUGUUUUGGUUGUGCUUUGGCACUGCGUGACUGUGCGGAUGAAUAUGGUUCUUUCUCAUAACUAAAAAGAGAGAUUAUCCUACUGCUCAUAAAACAUACACUAUUAGACAUAAGAGAACCAGUUUAGAUAGAAAGGAUCUCUAGCUGACUAGCUCCCCUACUGUAGCUAUUCCCAUUUAUAGACAUGGUUCUUCCUUGAAAAUAAAUCCAGCGCACUACAACAACCAUAAUGAAACGACCCUUCACAAUAGAUAAUGCUUUACAAUGAACUCUGUAAGAGAACUACUUAUGGCAAUUUAUCUGUUCAAUAAAAUACCUUGAAAAUACCUAAAAUACUCACCCCUUAUGGUGCGUUCACACCAGACAGAAAUGAAGCGUUAAGCGUGAGUGAUUUACAUGUUAAGUCAACGCAAAGACGCAAAUAGACAUCCUGCGGCAUGAUUCGCGGGAAUGAGGCGGUGAGCCGCCUGGCUGAAGCCCCUCUCAUGAUGCGAAUUUGCGUCUGUUGUGAAAUGAAUUUCACGCCCGAAUGAAGCGAGUAAACUAAAAUUUUCAAGCGUCCAACUACGCACGAGUAGCGCGAUUUAUUUGUGCAAGUCGCGUCUGGUGUGAACGCCCCAUUAGAAUUAUAAAUAUCUCCUUUUACAACAUUUAAAAUCCCUCAGUUCUCGCCAUCUCAGAAAAGCGAAGCCAAUGUUGAUUCUUGUGUUAUUACGAGCUCUGUCGCAUUCUCUUUUUGCCAGCAGACUCUCCUCUGUUCAGUGUUUUUUAAAAACGGGUGGUCCACUGGAGGUUUGAGAUUUAGUAGAAGUAGCCGGAGCAACUUUUCUUUAUUUACGAGACACACAUGGGCAAGUGACGUAUGUAUGCUAUUUCCCAUGAAAACCAUCCCGCCCCAUCUAAAAUAUCAACACUUAUAAUAGGCUAGUGAAUGAGUGUAAGACAAAAACACGUUUUGGAAGAAGGAUUGAUGAUUUAUUGAAUCAUUUAAAUUUUGACAAUUUUAACCAAAAAAAAGUUACAUAGUGUACCUUUUAAAAAACAAUGCAUAUUUGUUUUAUCACAACUGAUUUUGAAGUCUUAUCUAGUUUUAUCAUCUUUACUUACUGUGUCCCCCCCUCCCCCCCAUAAUACAAAUAUUUAUUACUGCUUUGGAGCAUAAGAAUGUUUAUCUUUAAUGUAUUUCAUAUUUUGAAAUGUAAAUACAAACUCUAUGUAAUUUAAAAUAAAACUUACAUCUAUGUUACAUCAAAUAGUCAUCAAAUGUUUGUUGUCCUGUUUUGCAGUAAAAACUAUAAACAUUUGCUUGCUGAAAUUGUUAAUUUUUCAUGUCAAAUGUGAUAUAAACAAUUGGAAAACACAUUUUUGUCUGAAGUAUAGCCUAUUCAGUCUGUAUAAAGGCUAGAAAACCUUUCCCCUAUGAUUCAUUCAUUUAGUGGCUCUAAAUAAUACCCAGAUGAUAUUAGACAUUAUUAUUGUGCAAGAGGAAUGAAAGAAAAACUGUCUGACAAAAAUAAGCCCUCAAAAAGCCUCAGUGCUGACACCCUCAGGACAUCUCAAAUAUAUGGUCUUUCCCUAACCUUAAGUAAUAACAGAAAGCAUUUUAUAAAAAGAAAACUCUUUGUAAUUUUUAAACCUUUAACAAUAAUGACUCCGUUGAUUGAAACCUCAAAGGACGUUAAUGAAUUCUGCCCCAACAGUGUCCAAAACAAAAAUUCUGAUUAAAUAAAUAAGUAUAUUUGUGUAAUUUAACAUUUAAUUAUUACAGGUUUGCAUAAUAUUGAGUUUUCAUUUCACUGUUUUUAUCAUUUUGAGGAAUACAAAAUCUGUUUUUGUGCAAGUGAGAUGAGUAAAUGGAUGCACAAAUUUAGUCCAGAACUACAAUAAUCAUGUUCACUCAGCGCACACAACACCUCUGCACUUACUCCAGCUUUCUCUCAACAUGGGGACAGGAGAA